AUGAAAGUCAUCAUCGUAGGAGGCGGUCUCGGCGGCCUCGCAUGUGCAAUUGCAUGUCGGCGCGAGAAUCUCGACGUCGUCGUUCUCGAGCGCUCGUCUGACGCGCGCGAGAUCGGGGCCGGUAUCCAGAUCCCACCCAACGGGGGCAGAAUCAUAGAACAACUCGGCCUGUUACCAACAGUCCUCGAGAAGGGGAGUAUCGUGCAGCACGUUGAUUUUCGGAGAUAUCAUGAUGGAACGCUCCUCCGGUCGAUGCCGUUUGGGGAGGACAUUAUCGAGGAGUUUGGGGUGCCUUGGGUGAUCAUUCAUAGGGAAGAUUUUCAUCGCGUUUUAUUAGACGAAGCGACGCGUCUUGGGGCUGAGAUUCGGCUCGGCGCUGAAGUGACUGAUAUCGUCUUUGAGCAGCCAGAGGUCGUCCUGGCAGGGGGCGAAAGAGUUGCUGGGGAUGUAGUAAUUGGAGCUGACGGCCUGUAUUCUCGGGUUCGAGAUAUCGUACUCGGGACUCCAACGAAGCCAGAAGAAACAGGCGAUCUGGCAUACCGGGCGAUUUUCAAAAGGGAACAACUCGAAGCGUUGAACGAUCCAGACGUCAAUGAGCUCUGUCAAAAGGUUGCAGUGACCAGCUGGCUAGGUCCUGAUAAGCACAGCAUUUUCUACCCCGUUCGCGGAGGAAGCGAAUUCAACCUCGUUCUACUGCGACCAGAUAACCUAGAAAAAGGCGCGCGGAGGGUGCAGGGAGAUGUCGAGGAGAUGCGAGAGAGCUAUGCCGGGUGGGAUGAAACGCUGAGAAAGUUGAUAUCCUGUGUGCCUACGGUGACGACAUGGAAACUCACAUCUCUCUCAGAAUUACCUACGUGGACAAAGGGACCGGUUGCCCUCCUCGGCGACGCAUGCCAUCCGACCCUCCCAUAUCAAGCGCAGGGGGCCGCAAUGGCAGUUGAGGAUGGAUUCGCCAUUGGAAAGCUACUCGGGCUGAGCACAACCAUCGAAAAGUACACCAGCCGCGAUGAACCACCACAAGCUCAGCUUGCACAGAUACUCGACGUCUACGAGGCGAUCCGAAAAGCACGCACAACGCGGAAUGUACAAGGUGCCGCCAGGAACCGGAUGAUCUUCCAUAUUCCAGACGGUAUUGUGCAGGCUGUCCGAGACUUUGUUCUUGGCUACGCCGGGAUGACUAGGAAGAGUGAUUGGACGUUGUUGUUUUCAGCUAGGAUGCGCAGGACGCUCUAUCAUGAUCUAGCUGGGGAGUGUGAGAGGGAGUUUGAGUGCAGUAUCUCUAGACUGGGUCAAUAG